AUGGACCCAGCAACGCGCCUCCCGGACAGGAACGACGUCUUCCAAAAGCUGAAACCAUGCUGCGUCAGAGUCAGCCAGCUAGCCAUCCGCGAGUCCGACUCGCCGGCUGCGCAUCGCGAGCUCCUCGACCUGACCAGACAGCUGCGCACAAUCCUGAGUGACCAGGUAGGCCGCAAUCCGGACGCACUGGACGAGAAGAUUGCCGAAUAUGCCUUCUUUCCGCUGUCCCACAUAUUCCGUCAGAUGGACGCGUUCCCCAUGCUCCUCGUGGAGGACUGCAUGAGGUGCCUCCGUAUCCUCAUCGUCUACGGCUGGAGGACGAAGAUGGCGCCGAAGAUGGCGGAACAGCUCCUGAGCCUGCUGGGGAUCAUCAUCGACAGGGCUCCGGUAUCUGGCGUGAAGCGCCAAGUUCCCGAGGAGACCACCCUGGAGGGCUUCCGCACCCUCACAGCCCUCUUCAAGACGGCUGGGUCAUCCAUGGUCGCGGCCACCGGCCUGGAAGGGGCCGAUGCGCUGCCUGCUCUAGGCCAUGGGAUAAUGGUUAUGCUGGACGGCGUCGCCGAUGGGUCCUCCGAUGCCAUACGGCUGGAAGCCCUCGACUCUAUCCGGGCUGUGUACACGGCAAUGGUCGGCCGGGCUGCCCUGGCCAACUUCCUCCCCGGCACCAUGUCUACAAUGACAAGAGUGCUCUCUACUCCGAAGCACUACAAGAGAGCUCUCCUGGCACGCUGCCUGGAAACGGUUGGGGUCGUCCUCACUCGCGUGCUGGGUGAUGUACAGACGAGGCAACUACCCGCCAAAUUCCAGAGCAGCGGCGAGGAAGAAAACGUGGAAGAGAAGAACCGGCUCUUGAGUCCGGCAUGGCUGAAGGCCACUGCCGGCCAGGUCAGGCUGGCACUCUCAUCGAUGAUGAAGCUUCGCACGCACGAGGGUAUCCAAGUACAGAACUCGUUGAGGUCCCUAUGCGUCAAGCUGCUGGACGAAUGCCACACCACGCUCGCCGACUGUGCACCAUUCCUGGUUGAGACUGCCAUGAUACUUGACCGAGGAGAUGGUGGACCAUCUCUCUCCGAGACGAGCCUGCGCGACCUUAUGAGCAUAUACCCCGAAUUGACCGAAAAGGCCAAGUCAGCAGUGUACAGCUGGUUGUCUAGUCUCCCGCGCGUCAUGCAGGCCAACGAUGGGGACGUCAAGCGCCAGGCAUUGCAUAACCUUUCCAGAGGUCUGGGAUUUCUACAUGAGUUGAAGAUCGAGUCUGCAACUUUGGAAGACACGGUAUCGGGCGCGCUCCGAGAUAGCACCAUUGCACUCAUGGCAGACAGCAAGUCCCAGCCCAGAGUGUCCAGCACAGACGUCAUAUCGAUGAGUGGAGACGGGCCCAUGCAGCUGGCGACCGGCGAAGCACGGUAUCCUCCAGUGCUCCUUGACCACCAGAGUCAACGAGAUGUGCGGGCCGAGAUGGUUGACCUCCUCGGCGUCAUCGGGUCCCGCUCAGGCGCCGCGGCCCUCGCCAUGAACAUGCUUGGGCGCGCUCGUACACCCGGGUCGACAGAUCAGGUGGCCUCCAUGUGGCUCUGCUUCGAGCUCGUCAAGGCGAUCCAGUCUUCGUCUGCCGAUGAAACCGAUCUCCUAGACAUGUCAGCAUUUACCACCUCGGUAGACGAGGACGUGGAACCGGUGCUGCAAGACCUGUACUCGUUCUCUGUCGAGAUUCUCGACUCACACGCCGAGGCGGAGGCGAUUGACUGGCGUAUCAAGGCACUUGCCUUGGAGAUCACGUCCUACUCCGCCACGAGAUCCGGCGAGUCUUUCCGCCCCGAACUCGUCGACGUCCUGUUCCCGGUAGUGACCUUUUUGGGAUCGCCGCACCACGACCUGCGCCAGCAUGCAAUCGUCGCGCUCGACGAAAUAGCGUCAGCGUGCGGGUACUCUGACGUGUCGACACUCGUCAUCGACAACGUCGAUUACAUGGUCAACUCGGUAGCGCUACGGCUCGACAGCCUAGACAUCUCCCCCGCAUCCACGCAGGUGCUCACGAUGAUGAUCCGCCUCACGGGGCCGCGGCUGGUUCCCUUCCUCGACGACGUGGUCGAGUCCGUCUUUGGCGCCCUAGAAAACUACCACGGCUACCCCAUGUUUGUCGAGUCUCUCUUUUCGGUCCUCAAGGAGCUGGUCGACCAGGCCGUCAAGUCGGACGUCCUCCUUCUAGAAGGCCAGGAGAAGACGAUGGUGGAUCACACAAAGACACGCCCCAAACUGGAAGGAGUCGACGGCCUCUUGGCGCUCAUCCAUCGACGCAGGGCACGAGAAACCUACAGGGACGAGGAGGACAAGACUCACGAGGCCGCACACGGCCACCCGACUGCACCGUGGGGCGGAGACGCGGAACGGAAACAGCAGGAUGAGGAUGACGGCGCGCCGGCCCCUGAGCCAGAGAAGCCCCCCAACACAGUCACAUACCAGCUGCUCCUGCGGAUAUCCCGACUGACCCAGCACUACCUGACGUCGCCGACGCCUCGCCUCCGCCGAUCGCUCCUGGACCUCGUCUCCACCGCAUCGCCGGCCCUAGCCGCCGACGAGGAGGCCUUCCUCCCCCUCGUCAACGACAUCUGGCCCGUCGUCGUCAGUCGCCUAUACGACCAGGAGACGUACGUGGCCGUCGAGGCGUGCGGCGCCCUGUCCGAGAUGUGCCUUGCAGCCGGCGACUUCCUCGCCUCGCGAUUCAAGACGGAGUGGUCCGACGGGCUGCGCGACUGGUGCAGGAGGGUCAAGCGACAGGUCCUAGCCGCAGGGUCGCAGCAGCCGUCGAGGCGCGCUGACGGCCCCACCUCACCGGCAUCUACAUCUACACCUAACCACCCGCUGCUGGGAGGUACCGGAAAGGGGAGCGUGCUCAUACCAACGGCUGCCGGUGGCGUAGUCGACGUCGCGGGAUCGUCUCUGUCGUUGCCACCGUCGUCGGCACCGGACAGCGGGAGCUUGGGACAGCACUCGUCGCCCGUGAGGCUGUGGGAGGCCCUCGUGCGCUUCCUCACCACCCUGGUCACCCACGUGCGUCUCUCGGAGCAGAUGUUUGAGGACAUACUCGACAUUCUGGUUGAGGUUGCCGAGCGGAGCAACGAGGUGAGGACGGCGCUCGAGAUUGUCAACCCGGAUGCUGUAUGGCUGGCCCUGUACGAACGUGGUCAUAAUGGCAUGGGGGAGAUGACGACACCUAAAAUGGACGACGUGGUUUUUGUCAGUAUCUGA